ACGUCAUCAACAAGAGACAAAAUAGGUUUCCAAAGGAAAGCCUUUUUAGAGAAAUACAGACCAUCUAAUUUAGCUUUUGGUACUAUUACCUGUGUUUAACGCAUUUCAUCUGAUAUGUAUAAUCACAUUUGUAAUUUGGGUGUACUAAUUUGCUAAAGUAUAGUGUAUUAACUAAUUAAUUAUUCGUCAGGAAAGUUUGAGCGACUCUGACUGUUUCUCAACUGUGCGAGGACCUCACUCGAAAACGAAACACACACGCCAGUAGCUCUGAAUUCUAAAAUAUAGCUAGCUAAAUGAUUACUUACUGCCGCAGAUAAUAAGGUGUAGUUAAACACAUAAUGGUAGACACAGAGGAAAGAGCCGUAGGUGGUGGUGGUGCCCUAUCAUCUACCAUGAACCCAGGUGGAAAGAACAAAGAGAAUGAGAAGAAGAAGAGGUCCCGUGUGAAACAGCUGCUUGCAGACGUGAAGAAGCAGGUGGACUUCUGGUUUGGGGAUGUCAACCUUCACAAGGACAGGUUUCUGAGACGACUCAUUGAAGAGUCACGAGAUGGAUAUGUUGAUAUAUCUGUUUUGACAUCCUUCAACCGAAUGAAAAAUCUGACAACUGAUUGCAAGUUGAUUGCAAGGGCACUGAAAAAUUCAUCUGUCGUUGAGGUCAACCUAGAGGGAACUAAAGUGCGACGKCAGCGUCCAAUUGGAGAGGAUCCGAAAGAUGUAGACAACCGAACAGUCUAUGUGGAGCUUCUGCCCAAGAAAGUAACACACGACUGGCUAGAACGAGUGUUUACCAAAUGUGGAAAUGUGGUUUACGUCAGUGUGCCGAGAUACAAAACCACGGGCCACUCCAAAGGGUUCGCCUUCAUUGAGUUUGAGACGAAAGAGGAAGCACAGAAAGCCAUAGAGAUGCUGAACAACCCUCCAGAGGACGCCCCCAGGAAACCUGGCAUCUUCCCCAAGACCAAGAACAGGAAGCCUAUCCCCGAUCCACCCACCCUGAACACCACACUAGACGAGGAAGAGGAAAAGAAAAGGAGRAAAAAGAAGAAGUCCAGGGGCAGCACCAAAGAGGACGCCCCGUCACAGGCAGAGACAACAGUGGGCGGGGCCAAAGAACAGGAAAUAGAAUCUGAGUCUAAGCCCUCUGACAGGAAGAGGAAAUGCACGGCYGAGGGUGCAGAGGUUGUAGCACCUGAGGGGGGCACAGAUAAGGCCCCGGCCAAAAGGCUAGAGAAGAAGAGACGGCGGUCCCAGGCAGGGGAAAGCUCAGAGAGUGACGUCCAGGGAGACAUGCCGGCCAAGCUGAGAAGGAUGAGCGAGGGGGAGGAGGGCAAGGUGAAGGAGGAAGACGAGGUGAAGGAGAGCGAUGGGAAAGAUUUGCCUGUCAAGGUUGAGGAGGAAGAGGAGGAGAAGAUGGACGACUCCCUGCUAAAAGCUAAGAGGAAGAGGAAGAAGAAGCACAAGGAGAGGGUGAAGAUUGGUGAAGAGGUCAUUCCUCUCCGGGUUCUCUCCAAGAAAGACUGGCUGAAGUUGAAGGUGGAGUAUCUGACCCUGCAGAAGAGGAGCAUGGGAGCUCUGAAGGCGUGCCUGACCAAGUUCCGCCACAAGGGGGCAGGAGAGAAAAUGGAGAUGGACACCAGUCUCCAACAGAAACAGACACCUCCUGAGGAGAGUAAGAAGGCAGGUGAAAAGGAGAGCCCCCUCGGCCCUCAGUUUGAGAGUGGCUGCAUCGUCAGGAUCACCCACACCAAACCGUUACCUGGCAGAAAAGUCAUCAAGGACGCUCUCUCUGAGGUGUCCCCAGUGGUGUAUGUGGACACCCUAGAGGGGGACGCCGAGGGUCACGUCCGCUUCAAGACUCCAGCAGAGGCCAAGGCCAUCAUUGACGCUCGCACCGAGCUGCAGAACAAACACAGCUGGCAGCUGGAGAUCCUCUCUGGCGACCACGAACAAAGGUACUGGCAGAAGAUCCUGGUGGACCGCCAAGCUAAGUUGAACCGGCCCAGAGACAAGAAACGGGGCACAGAGAAGCUCAUUUCCAAAGCCGAGAAAAUCAUCAUAGCCCGGGCCAAGGAGGCCACUAAGCACAUCCGCUUCAUGGAAGACUGAUCAAGACUGUCAAGUUCUACUGUGCGUCCUCUCUUUUCUGAAUCCUUUUCUGAAUCCUUUUCUUCCCUAAGAGUUUAUUGAAAUGUCGGCCAUUUUGUCAUUCCUAAAUAGUAUGAUGUUUUUGUUUUACUGUUCAUGAGUGGUACAAGCAGAGAGAAGCCAUGGUUUUAAAAUAGAAUUUUAAUAAGUCAUGGUAACGUUGUGUUUAUUUUUUAAACAGCCAUUCUGUCCAAUGUAGUUUCAGUUCCACUAACUGGAAAGUUAUGUAUGGCUGCUGUUCUACAAGCAGAAAGCAGCUGCAUUAUUUAAAUUGCGAAUAGAUUUGCUCACUAGUCUUCUUUGAUUGUGUUGUAGUGAGAGCUGCCCAGAUUUCAGUUAGGAAAUAUGAAUGUAUAUAUGCUGUACAUAGGAUUUCAAAACUUGCCCAGAGCUUUGCCCAUGAUCUGUUUUCUGUAACUUGUCAUGGCACCGAUAACCUUUUCUUUUUGAAGUAAUGUACCUAUUUUCUAAUUAAUAAAAAUACAUUUUGGUGGUUAAAGGCCCAGUGAAGU